GGCGGCCAAGUAAUCAUGGUGCGUCCAUACGUGUUAUCAGCCUCCUGCGCCCUUACUCGAGCUCUGCCAUCCUUAUUUUCUCAACCAAGGAAAACUCUGUUGGUAUUUAAGAGCCAGAGCAUCAGAUUGUUGCACCAUAGAGCAAUUGGCAAUGAAAACAGGAGCAAUAUGAGAUUGGAAUACGGUGGUGUGAGAAGAUUCAGUCCUCGAGCUUCAAGCGUCGGAAAUGCUGGAUCCAUUGACUCCCCACUAAUAGAAUCCAUGAAGAAAGAGAUCAAGGAGGAGCUAAAUGCGGAAUCCGUUAGUGUAGAAGAUAUGAACGGGGAUGGCCGGCAUGUGGUCAUUGAUGUCGUCUCCUCGUCAUUUGAGGGACAGUCGGCUGUAAAUAGGCAGAGGAUGGUGUACAAAGCCAUAUGGGAGGAGCUUCAGAACACAGUUCAUGCAGUUGAUCAGAUGACUACCAAAACCCCGGAUGAAGUUUCUGGUAAGAAGUGAUGAUAGCGUUUAUUGGUGGAUUUUAAUUGUUGCGUUUGAUAGCAAGUGGUGAAUUGCCUUGGUGGAUAAGGCUUUUAUCUUAAAUCAAAUGCGUCCCGAGUUCAAAUCA